AUGCAGAGGGAACUGACGUCCAGCAAAGCCAAGGGAUCUAGCCUAUCGGAGGGUUGUUCGAACCGUCUUAGUAAGAGAUUUGUUUGCUGCGUCUCUUUGUACCAACCUAGAACCACAACACAGCGGACAACUACUCAAAGUAAUCAAAAUAGAUGUCCUCCUGUGGCAAAAGAGUUGACAAAGCAGAAAACUGGCCGAAAAGCUUGGGAUAAAUGUAUAGAAUACCAGGAACAGUUGAUAUACCCGUGUAUCAGAGCAUCAGGCAUGUCCAGCGAGAUGACGCGCGCCCGUCGCUGCCAUCACCCCAGCGAUCCACUUAUCGUUGGCGGCUCCAAUGCUAAAAAGAGAGAAUUCCCUCACAUGGUCCUUCUCGGCUUCGGCAGCAAUCCGGCAGAUGCAAAUUGGUCAUGUGGAGGUACUCUAAUCAGCGAAUGGUACAUUCUCACUGCUGGUCAUUGUACGUCACAUAAUGACAUAUUCUGGCGCGAAUCGGCAGAUAGAGUGUCAAUUUACAAUUGUACUAUUUGUCUAAAAGUAUUCGAAAUUAGAAAGAACCGUCAUAUUGCGAUUCUGAAACUAAUAAUAUUGUUAGGACCUGUGAGCUACGCACGUUUAGGUGUUCUAGACAGGAAUAAUAUACAUAGCAGCCAACUUUAUAAAAUACAGGAUAUCAUCAAACAUCCUGAGUACAAAUCGCCAUCCAAAUAUAAUGACAUCGCAUUAUUAAAAACUGCCAUAAAAAUGACGCUAAGCCAAGAAGCAGUACCAGCUUGUCUGCCUGUGGAGACUGUUUCUGAAGAGAAAGCGAUCGCUACAGGCUGGGGCGCAACACAGCACAAGGGAGACGCCUCUGAUCAACUUGAGAAGGUAACGUUGAACAAGUUUACGGAAUCGGAGUGUUCAGCGUCUCACCAACCGCACAGGAACAUGCUGCGGGGAUUUGACGCCAACACGCAGUUCUGCUACGGUGAUAAGUUACAAUCUAAAGACACUUGUCAGGGCGACAGCGGCGGACCUCUACAAGUGACGAGCCCUCACAUCAACUGCAUGUACGUAGUGAUAGGUGUGACGUCAUUCGGCAAGGACUGCGGCACGCUCGCCCGCCCCGGGAUAUACACUAAAGUGUCUCCUUACAUGUCCUGGAUAGAGAACAUCGUUUGGCCCUGAGAUUAUACCGUUAACUUCAUACGGCAUCUUACUAAUUUUAAAUGCGAAAUUUAGAUGUUAGAUGAUACAAUAUAUUAAU